AUGUCUAAGAAGGCUCAUUUAGCCCCAUAUCUAACGCGCCUACUUGAUACCUUGCAGCAAGAGCUGAAAGACAAUUUGCUCGCAGUCUACCUUUUCGGUUCUGCCGGUUACGACGCAUACGAACCUGACACCAGCGACGUCGACGUCUAUGCAGUCAUCCAUGAGCCGAUAUCAGAUUACAAACAACUCUCCCGCAAGAUAAGCCAUGCCUCCAUUCCCUGCCCAGCGCGCAAACUUGAGUUUGUGCUAUUUACUAGAGCCAAUGCAGCCCUGCAGACAAACAACUUGCAGUUUGAGAUGAAUUUCAACACAGGAAGAGAUAUGGAUGAUUAUACCAAUCUCGAUCCAUCCACCGAGCCUAGAUUCUGGUUUUUGAUCGAUUUGGCAAUGGGCUGUGUGCAGGGCACGGCCCUUUGUGGACCGCCAGCUGGAGAAGUGUUCGCUGCGCCGAAGGUGGAGUGGAUUAUCGAUUCACUAAUCGAAUCUCUAGAUUGGCAUCGCCGGCAACCGUCAUUGACUUCUGAUGGUAUACUGAAUGCGUGUCGGGCAUUGAGGUUCGCGAAAACAGGGACAUGGGGAUCUAAGAAGGAUGGCGGGAACUGGGUGGUUGAUUAUUUUAAGGAGCACGAUGUUCAUGUGGUCUCCCUUGCUCUUGAUGCUCGCCAUUCAAGAGUAGGGGUACCUCAGGAUCAAGCAGAGAAGUUUCUAGAUUUUCCUCUGAUCAAAGACUCCAUCGCUCAACUCCCACUCAUCGCCAACCUACAAGAAGACAUGUCCCCCUUGGCCGGUUCUUCACCAUCCAUAAACUGA